AUGGCACGACCUGGUGAAGAAUGGACUUUUGCUGAACAAUUUCAGUGGCUUAUGGCAGGUACUAGCUGGGCAGAUUUCGUUAAUAAACUUGAUACUGAAACAAUUCUUAUUAUUGACAAGAUCCAAAAGAUCUACAAACCACAGGGUGAAAAAACUGAACCCCUACAUGGCAGUAAGGUGGUUUGGGAUGUGUUCAAGAAAAUUCAACAGUAUAGCAAACUUUGUAUUGUUGCAUUUGCGUCCUAUGGGUACCAUGGUGCCUACUCCAUCAGUGAAGAAAAUGGACAGCCAAUAGAGAUUUCCCCACAUCAGCUUGAUGAGGAUAAUAUCUGGGAUUUCAAAGAUGUGUGCUAUGCUCAGUUUGAAUUUGAAGACUACUUUAAAUGUUUUUGCAAGAAUAAACUCAAACCGUUGGGAGAAGCAGAUGCUCAACUACUUUCUCAAUACAUGCAAGAGGCAUGA